GGCGCCGAGCCUGAGCGGCCUGUCCUCACACGCCGGCGGCAGUUGCACUACCUAUAGCCUGUGGAACCCCUGGAGGUCGUGUCCAGAAAGGUGCCAGAAGAGCUCAUACAAGUCAGAAUUACCGAAUGGAGCAUGUUCCAGCUCUUCACACAGGUUCAAUCCCCCACAGGGAUGAUGCUCCUCCUUGCCUUCCUCCUCUUCAUGGGAUGGCCACUGGGCUUCGUUGAGCCCUGGACCUAUAACGUACAGUGCUAUGAGUGUUUGGUGAAAAAUACGUUCAAUUGUCCACAUCUUAGAACAUGUCCUUAUCAUAUUAGGCGCUGUUUUACUGUCUCCAUGCGUUUGAGUCCUCGUGAAGUACUCGUUUACAAGAACUGUACAUUUAACUGCACAUUUGUGUAUAGAUCCGAAGAGCCUCCGGAAGCCCCCAGAAGAAAGUCAAGUCAUAGUAGUAACAGUUUCUAUUUUGUUAGUUGUUGUGGUGGGAACAUGUGCAAUUUAGCAGGACCUAGUAAUCUGGAGAGGGACAUCACAGCAGAAUACACACUUGAAGAGGAUAUAGAAGAUAAUGCGCAAUUGGUGCAGUCAGCUUUGUUCCUGAGCAUCGUCUCCAUUCUAGUCAGGAACACGCUGACCUGAGAAGCCCCCUUGGGAGGGGCUGAUCAUCUCCCCAUCUCUCACAAGUUAGCUCUCCUUUACUCUCCUGUCAGCCACACUCACAAGAACACACUCUCUUGUGUCCUUUACUAUUACUCUCCCUAACCUCUAGAGCUCCCGGUUGAUGAGUUCCCCAUUUAGCACCUGUUGCAAGAGAGAAAUAAACACCAGA